GCGCGGGGUGGGGAGAGACCGGCCGGGGCAGCGCGGCCCCGGGCCCGGCACAGCCACGGGGGCCGGCCCUGGAGGCAGCGUGCCAGGCUCUGUCAGGGCUGCUGGGACUCACCCAGACCCGCUGGGACCCACCCAGACCUGCUGGGACCCACUGACCUGCCGCCUGCCUUGGCCGGAGAGCGAAACGAUGAGCGUACUGCCAGAUGAGAGAGAAUUUCAUUAUGCUGCUAAAAUGAACAAUUUGGACACCGUGGAAAAGCUGUUUAAGAAGAAUGUUGAUAUAAAUGCUGUAGAUACUCUGAAGCGCUCAGCACUCCACUUUGCUGUUGCGGGGGGCCAUGUGUCCGUGGUGGAUUUCCUGCUUCAUCACAAAGCUAGACUCGACAUGGCAGAUCAGCAUGGCCUGACAGUGAUUCAUCUUGCAGCUUGGACUGGAAAUCUGGAUAUAAUGCGAAAGUUAGUUAAAGCAGGUGCUGAUCAAAAGGCUAAGAAUGAGGAAGGAAUGAAUGUACUGCAUUUUGCAGCUCAGAGCAACAGCAUUAAAAUAGUUGAUUAUUUCCUCCAAGAUCUUCACCUGAACGACUUGAACAAACCUGAUGGGAAAGGCAAAAAGCCAUUUCUUCUGGCCUCUGAGAAAGGCCAUGUUGAUAUGAUAAAAAAUUUGAUUGCUCUGAAGCUAUUUACAUCUGAAAAAGAUGAGGAGGGAAAUACAGCAUUGCACUUAGCAGCCAAAAACGGUCACAGUGAAGUGGUAGAAAUUCUGCUUGAACAAUGGGAGGAAAUAAAUGACCCAAAUCAGAAUGGAGAAACUCCAUUUUACUUGGCUGUUGAAGGAGGUCAUGAAAAAUGUGCCGAACUCUUACUGGAGGCAGGGAGUGACAUCAAUGUUUCAACUGAGAACAAUAGCAGUGCUUUGCAGGUUGCAAUUCAGAAUGGACACCUACCUUUGGUUAAUUUUCUUAUCGAUAAGAACAUUGACCUGGUUCCUAAACCUCAGCAGAAGAAUUCCCCUCUCCAUUUAGCAGUUAUCAAUAAUAAUCUACCAAUGGUAAAAAGCCUUUUGGAUGCCAAUCACGAUGUGAACUCCUUAAAUCACAGGCAGGAAACCCCUCUUCACCUGGCAGCUGACCUUGGCCAUGUGGAGUUGGUGGAAGUGCUGCUGAAGUCAGGCUGCAAUCUCAAGGCCAUGGAUAAGCAUGGAAAAACUGCACUAGCCACAGCAUCAAGGAGCCAUCAUUCCCUCAUUGUAGACAUGAUCAUUAAAGCAGAGAGGUAUUUUGCCAUGAAACAGACACAUUUUGCUCAUAGUGGUAACGGGUCAGACUUCAGUGUGUCCUUCAAACAAGACCACAGCACACAGACCAAGCAAAUCCGUUCCUCCCUUUGGAAUCUGGCAUACAACCAGUUAAAACCCCGUGAGUGGAAAAAACUGGCUGUGUUCUGGAAGUUCACAGAUGAACACAUUAAAGCUAUUGAAGAACAGUGGACAGGGAAAAAAAGUUACAAGGAACACGGAAACAGAAUGUUGCUCAUCUGGUUACACGGCACUUUGGUGGCUGGUAAAAAUCCUGUUAAACAUCUACAUGAAGAUCUGGUGGCAGCAGGACUUCAGCCUUUGGCUGAGAAGAUCAGAGCUUCAAUUAGCACUGGCAUGGACUCCAGGAAAUGUGCCAUUUCAUGAGCUCAUCAGCAAAACGUGGCAUAUAGGAUGGAAUUACAUGCCAGAUGGAAAGAGGCUUUCAAAUAGCUUUUUGGGAAACAGAAAACCUAUUCUGAAGUUGUACAGCUUUUUCCACCCUAGAAGAAUUUGCACUCCUGAAAUGGUUACUUUUUCUCAAAUGCUUGUAAUAUAGAAAUGUAAAAAAUUUAAGAGCAAAUGGCUGGCUGGUAGUUUAUAACUGCUAGGCAAGACUCACCACUUACAAUUGCUACACCUGACCUAACUGGAUAAAGUAAUUCUGUACUGGAAUUGCAAAUUAAGCUACUUCUUUGUGUCAUAUGAAAUGUAAAUAAGAUGUUUUCUACAUGAAAAAAAAUUAAAUUUAACAAGUGAAAAUUACGUGUAUAAAUCAAUUAACACCUCCAGAAAUAAGGUAGCAUCUGGCUUCAUUUGGGAUUCAGGUUUUUAUACAUUCUUGCUAGGAUUAUGACAAAUCUUUCUACUGCAGCACUUGAUUUAUGUAGUGAAGAAACACAAAAAUGUUAUGUGUAAACACCACGUGUGUCUGGCUGCAGAGUUUUCUAUCAUGGCAUAACACUGUAUACGUACCCCUAAAAGAGCAUUCAAUAUUUGAUACUUAACACAUCUAGCAAGUAUUGAACUAUUUCUUGUUCAUGUAUUUAUUGAAUUAAUACUUGGCAGUGUCUUUCUGAAUAGGUUUAAACAUUUUCUUACUACUGAUUAUACUUAAUAUCUGAAAAACUUAUGUAAAUGCCUAUCUUUGUGAUCUUCUUUAUAACCUAGCAAUAGUUUUGUCAUGUAAUGGAGGAAUUGCCUUUUCUGUUGGCAUAUUUUGUGCUGAAUCCUACUGGUUGUACUAAGAAGGUGAUCUGUAGUCUGAAGUCUUAUUCCAAGCUGUGCUCUUGUCUGUGACCUUCUUUGACUCGGCUGCAGAGCAUCCCAGCAAUAUGAGGAACAGUCCUGUAAAUCCUAAAGGUUUUUGAAUUAAAGUACAGAUGCUUGGAACCCUGCAGUACUCAUCAAGUUCUGCAACAUUAGCUUGGAAGAUGAAAAUGUUUAAGAGUUUGAUGGACUGGGUACCUCAUGCAGCCUAAAUUGGACCCUGGGUGUGGAGGAUGCCACCCUGCUGUUUUCCAUUUAAAUACACUGUUGUAGAAUAUGAUUAAGGUGAAUGUCAGCUACAUUUAAUUGCAUUAGCAACUAGAAGUAUUUGUAAUACAAAUAAAUUUCAUUUUCUCUUGAACAUA